AUGAUGCGACGUAUUGCUCUGGCAAUAGCCUUGGUGAUCGGAGGAGGGUCUGCAACUACAGCAGCUUUUCAAAUCUCAUUGCCAGUCUCCUCUCAUACCAGUAGAUGGGAGUUAUCAGCAUUGGCCCCAGGAUCAACCAUCACCACUGUCACCAUGAUGGCAAAUGAUCUUACCACAUCACCCUUGGUAGAAACAUCUUCGUCACUUUCGCUUCUUGCUUCAGAUGCCCCCAGCUGGCUGCAGCCUCUUUUGGCCAAUCCAGCCUUUUGGACGACCUCGGUGCUGCUCAUUAUUGUGGGAAUGCUCGUCACUUGGGACACCAUGGUGGAACGGGCCCGAGAAGCCAUGCCUCCCGCCAUUGCUACGGUCAUUGACAACAUCUUGAUGGAAAUGGGAAGUCUCGGUUUCAUUGGAUUGAUUCUCAGCGCAGCUCUGAAUAAUCCUGUUUCUCCUCUCCAAACGGGGGUCGCACAUCUUUCGGAAGUUUACCUCGGCGACGGAGAAUUACUCUUGGAGAGUUUUCACUUUCUUCACGAACUCUUUUUCCAGGUCGCCAUUGUCUACUUUUUUGGUUCGGCAUUCAUGACACAACGGGUGAUUAACUCGAUCGAAUUUGCUUCCGAUCUUGCAGAAAAGCAUGCCGUGGCCCACAAGCAAUGUCUGACGGGUGACGAUACCCUGGACGAAGAAUGUCUGGCCAUGGAAGACUAUCAGGAUAUGCUCCGCCAAUAUCAAGAGACACGGUCCCACGAAUCGGACAAUGUCUUCCUGCGGGAACUCACCAUUUCCACCACCGAGAGGGGGACAGAAGCCUUGGUCAUUCGCGAGCGAAUCCAACAAGAAGUCCUUCACCUUCCCGAGUGGUACAGACUCGACAAAGAUCUUGAAGAAGCUUUUGCCACGGAAGAGCUUAAUUUGAUCAAGAUUGCGCCAUCGACGUGGCUUCCUCUGAUUCCAAUCCUGGCUCUAGCGGCGUCGGUGGACCUGGGGAAUGAUGUAGCCAAUCCGGGCUCGAUUGAAGCGAUCGCCUCCUCGGGGUACUUUGUGGCCACCCCGGGAGUAUUUUACCCUUUGAUGGCCUUGCAACUUUUGAAACUGGGCUGGGGAUUGCUCAAUUUUUGGAAAAUGGCUACCAUUAAGGAUAUGCUCAUCCCUCGACUGACGACCAACAAAAUGGUGGAUCCAGCCACCGAGUUGGUAACGAAACCAGCAGGCGAGAGUGCUACCGCACGGCGGUUCUUUGCCUCGACGCCUUGGUUUGCGGAACCUGUGGAAACAGUCUUUGCGAAGCCAUCCACAAAUCGAGUACAAGAGUUGUUUGGAACCGUUGGGGGCAACGGGGUCAAUUUUUACUUUGAAUCAAUCAAGUUGCACACCUGGCUUUGUGUUGCAACUCUGGUGGCCUUUGCCUUUCAAAUCAUUCCCAGAGAUUUGUUUGCCUUCUUUUCAAAUGUCGAAGGAGUUGGAAUUCCAAGUCAAGUGGUACCCGAACUCAUGGUACAAGGAACGUAUGCGGUCAUGAACAUUGUAUUUCUCUUGUACGUUUCCCCAAUCGCCUUCAUGAACUUUGCCAUUAUUUCGUGUGCCGAACGAGCGGUCGCUCAACACGAAGAAAUUUCAGUUGAACCCAAAGUGCUGACUUCGUUGGUGACAUCAAUUGAAUCUGAAAUGACGCCUUCUCUUGCGACAGUUGGAUCCAAUUCAACUUAUGCAUUGGCAUACGAAGAAGCCACUGAUUCCACAUUAUUCACAAACCAAAGAGACGAGAAUUGA